CACCAAUUAUUGUCGGUGUUGUGUAACUGUGUAAGUACAAAGUUGUGUUAACACGACAAAAUGGUGGACCAGCCCGUGUUGUCGGUUCGCCCGUGAUAAUCGUCUCGUACUCUCGUUGACUGUCGUAGGUGAAGCGGUUUAGCGGAUACUCCAUAGAAAACUGAGAAAAGCUACUGCUGGAUUAAGAACGCAAGUGCUGAUCUCCGUCCGCCAGACGUGCCUGAGAACACUAAACGCGCGCUCGCGGUUUUGGUUCGGUGACAUUUGAAAACGAUCACCGUGGAUUCUUUCUAUGCACAUACGUUAUUUCCAUGAAAUCUCCUAUGUCCGAUUGGGUUAAGAAAAAUGACAGUUUUAUCGUCAGCAGAGACAGCUGAACAGCCACCACGCAAGAAGUUGUGUUUAUCAGCAUCCAGGCAACUACAAUCUAAAUCCUAUGCACUCUCUCAACUUAACCCGAUGGCAUCACCUCUUGAUCAGCCUGUUAUCCGGCAUAUCAAGCAACAGCAACAACUACAGCAGCAACAGCAGCAGCAGCAAAUAAACUGUUCUUGUGACAAUGAAAGCAAUGGAUCCCCUGGUGUGGCAACUUUAUGCAAUCUUGGUAACACUUGUUUUCUAAAUAGUGUUUUGUACACAUUGCGAUUUGCACCUUCAUUUUUGCACAAUCUUCAUCACCUAAUCACUGAGUUACAAGAGAUCACUGGGCGGUCGACAAAUGGACUCAAGGGAAAAUGCUCUUCUCUGGGUAGAAGUACUAGCUCAGUUAGCAGCAAAAUGUGGAACUUUCAAUCAUCAUUAAAUGUUAGCAUGAAUGAUCUAAAAAUUAUACAAGUUACUGAACGUCUUCAUCAAGUAUUUGAAGCAUUACAUAAUUGUGAGCUCAAAGAUAAUUCAGAUCCAUAUCAACCUGAAGUAUUUUUGCAAUCUUUAAGAGAUGUCAAUCCAAUUUUUGAAGGAAAUCAACAACAUGAUGCCCAUGAACUACUUGUCUGUUUGUUAGAUAAUAUUCGAGAAGGAUGUAAAUUAGUCAUGCAGCAUUCUGCUCAAGUGAAUUGUUUUGUUGCACCUGCUCCAGUUAUUCAACCUGUUGCACCUAAUAAAUUGAAAAAAUUUUCUGGACAAGUACGAAAAUCUUUAAAAAUUGCAUCCAGUAGUAAAACACGACCAGUCAAUGGCAUUCUUCCACCCAAUGUUAAUAUUACUAGUGAUAAAGUGGUUUUACCCGAAAAUGACAAUUUUGCUGAUGACAAACAAAUGUAUGUAGUUAAUGGAACUACAAAUGCAGUCCAAUCUGAUGAAAAUGAAAGCAUUCCUAGUGGCAGCAGUAAUAGUAGUAGUAGUACAUCAAUGUUUGAUGAUUUCCAAGGUGUAUCCUUACUUCGUACCACAUGUUUAGAAUGUGAAUUUGUUACAGAACGAAAAGAGAGUUUUUGUGACAUCUGUGUUCCUAUAAAUGGUUUAACUAAUGGAGACAUAUCACCUGAAAAUGAAUUCAACCCAUAUGAUUAUGACAAUGUAAACAAAUUAUAUCAUUCUGCAAUAGUGACUGAAGAAUAUUUACAAGACACUGAUAAAUAUUGGUGUGAACAGUGUUGUCGAUAUAAUGAAGCUAAACGAAGUGUUGGAUAUGAAAGUUUACCUCGAUUAUUGACAUUACAUUUAAAACGAUUUUGCACCAACUAUAGAGCUGUUGUGUCAAAAGUGAAUGAACAUAUGCCAACUCCUUUAACAUUGGAGUGUUUUUGUGAAGAGUGUUUAUCUCUCAAUUCACAACAACAAACUCGAGCACAUAGUUACCAGCUGUACGCCAUAAUAAUGCAUUUGGGUGCUACAAUUGCUUCUGGGCAUUAUGUUGCAUACGUUAAGGCUCAGGACAAUCUUGACGAGUAUAUUAACUGUCCUCGUGAUCGACGCAAGACUGGAAGUCUCUCAGUCACACCCAAUGGUACUUUACCGGCAAAUUAUAAAAAAUCAUCAAUAUCAAAUGGUCUUUUUCGAUUUCUAAAAAUAUCUUCGAAAACAUCUUCGGGUGCUCCUAAUAGUCAGUCAAGUGAUUCAAUUGAUGACUCAGGAAAAGUUUCUUCGAUAGGACGGUGGUGCCGUAGUCUAGAAUGCUGUGGAGUUAGAAUAUUAGAUAACUCAGAAAGUGGAGAUAGUGUGUGGUUAGAGUGUGAUGACGAAACAGUAAGAACUAUGUCGGUUGCACAAUUAACACAAAUUUUAGAAUCCAAAUCAUCCAAGAACUCAGCAUUAACUCCGUAUUUAUUAUUUUAUGUUAAAGUGAACCGCAGUGAAUAAUGAAUUAUUUACAUCCAUAUUAAUAAAAAACAUGGUAAUGUUCAUCUUGUGACAAAUUAUAAAUCAGAACUUCAAGUGUUGGCACCUUUACCAAAGACUAAUAUUUAAGCACACUUUGCCACUAUAAUAACUUUUAAUAUUUUAAAGUUAACUAUACACAGAAUAUUUAAAAUUUUUAUUAUUAAAUUAUACAAUUACUUAGUAUAAUCAACUCCACCAUUACAUAAAAUAUACUAUAUCUAAUUUAAAUUAAAUAUAUAUACGAUUAUCAUAAAUAUUAAACUAUAUCUUUUAACUUAAAGCAAUAAUUUAUAAUAUUUUAUUUUUAAAGACGUAUUGAUGAUUGAUGACUGUAUUAUUGUAUAUUAUUUAGCAGCAUAGUUAGGAUUCUAUUAAUCUUUGUUAUUCAAAAUGAUUGUAUUACUAAGCAAUAAAAAGUAUUUUAUAACUUGGAAUAAAGUUGACAACUAAAAUUAAAAAUAAUUUUGAUAAACGUUAGACAUUAUUAAAUAUUUAAUAUAUUAUGAAAAUUACUAGAGUAUACUUAAUAGUAGUAACAUUCAUUAUUAUACAUCAUUAUUUAAAUUAUUUGUGUGCCAAAUUCUAAAAUACUUUUUGUUCUUUUAAUGUAUUAAAAGAAAAUAACGGCUGUGGUAAAUUUUGAUGUAAAUAAAUUAGAUAUUUUGUGUUAAUUUCACAUUAAAAUCAUUUAGAUUAAAAAAAAUUAUAAGGUUUCACAAACAAUUAAUUUUAAAAACUGAACUUGUUAGAACUGUCCUUAUGUCUUUUUUGUAAUAUUCACAUGUUACAACACAGUUAUGUAGUCAGCUGUGUGGCAUUCCUCAAUUAAUUGUAGUAAACAUUAGAAUAGGUGUAUUCAUACAUAAAUGUUCAUUAUUGGUAAUAAUCCCUUAUACACAAGUAUAAUUUUUAAACUAUUUAUAUAUUGUGAAAAUAUUAAAAUUAAAUUUGUGUUUAUCUCAAUAACACAUCAUAGCUUUAAUAUUGUGAUGAUUAUUAUUAUAGCGUUAAAUUUUUAUAUCUUCUAUGAGUCCUAAAAUUUUUAUAAGUAUGGCAUACGGCGUUAUUUAAAAAUAAUUUUGUUUAUUAAUCAUUUAUAAGACUAAAAGCUUGAUAAAUAUUGGAUUAUAUUAUUCAAAAUAUUUAUUUUGCCUAUGUUUGAUUGUAUUCAAUAGUGGUAGGUUUUUUUUAAGAGUUUUUAAUUAUUGAUGUGAAGCCUUAUGAUUAAUUAUUUGCUUUUUAUAAAUGUGAUAAAUUUGUUACUAUAGACUGUUAGAUUCCAAUUAAGCAUUAGCAAUUUCUCACAAAAUUAAAUUAAAAUCUAAGUUCUAAUUAUGCACAACUCCUAUAUUUAAAGAAAUAAACGUAAAAUGUAUUAUAAUGAAAGAUCAUUUUUGAAUAAAAAUAACUUAAUUGUAAAAACUGCUAGUGAAUAGAGUCAGUUAUAUGUUCUUUGAAUUGGAAAUUGAUUACCUUAUUUUUGUUUAAACAUAUUAAAAUAAUUAUAAUUGCAUAAAUAAGAAAAAAAUAUGCUAAUAAUUUUACUCUCAAGGUAGGUCUAUAAUGAUAAGUUAGAAUACUUGAUGUUUAUAAAUAAAAUAUUAAGUUGUAUUUAAAUAAUGUAAAUAUUAAUUAUGUUAUUUCAAAAUAUAAUGUCAGUGUCCUCAAUAUUAUGAUUGGUACCUAUUUACGUAUUUUUUGUUUUAAAAAACAAUUGUAUAAGAGAACUCAUAAUUUUUUGUCUUCCUUAAAUAUAAUUGGCUCAAGUAAUUUUUUGUUUUCUCAUUUCAAAUCUCAUUUCCAUAUACCUAUGCUUAUAUUUUAAACAAUUUUUAUUUUAAUUUAGAUAUAAAUGAUUAUGUAUCUAUAUUUAUUUUUAUGGUUGCAUAUUGUUAUGGCUUAAAAUUGUGAUUAAAAGAAAAUUAUUUCUGUUUACCCAUG